AGAGGGCGAGGCGUUAUCAGCAAGUUUUCAGGAAAGAACACCUUGCGCUCCCCCGCCCCGCCCCCUUUUCCAUCCCAAGGAUUUUGUAUUUUCCCUCCUCGAUUCGAAGGACCGGAAACGAUUACUGGCAGUUCCCUUUCUGCGAAUAGCGAAGGUUGGCGUUGUUGCAUCAGGGCUUUUUCCGCUUUUUCGUUUGUUCGUGCUGCCGGUUUAAAGGCCCCUGCUCGAAAUGGGAGCGCAGGGUUUCUGCCUAUGUUGCUGGCAGGAGAUCAGUUUCUGUCAAGUGGCCCCCGAUCAGACAGUGAGAUUUUAUCACAUCUUAGGGUACGGAAUAGCAAUUCUAUACCUCAUUGUCGACUUAGGCAUUGACAUCAGUACCGUCGUGCACUACUUUGUGGAUGAGCAAGAUGCCUAUGCCUCUGCAACUAUUGUCAUCAUCCUUGUAUCUUCAUAUGUCAUUUCAUGUGUCAGCUACCGCAUGUUUAAGGUGGAUAGAAAACGAGAACGUUCACAUAUGUGGAACAAAAAUCUUAAGCUAAGAAUUGCAAUGCAUGUGCUUCCGCUAGCACUGCUUCUUCGUUGUAUAGAUUCAUUUAAAUAUGCACUCAAAUCCUGGUGGGCUGGGUGGCAAAGAAAUUCAAGCCUCCGAGAGCAUUACUACCAAUUGAUGCUGAAAGAGAAUGUGGACUGUGCUUUGCUGCAACUAUUCGAAUGUUUCUUAGAAUCUGCUCCGCAGCAGGUGCUUCAAGUCAGCUACAUGUUAGGGUGGGUUAGCGGUGAAAAUACAAUGAGGACAGGUUUAAGCGGAUAUUACCCCUUGUUUUCGGCAACAUUAUCAUUUUUGGGAAUGGCAUGGUGCCUAAAAACUUACAAGAAUAUCAUUCGUAAGGUUCAAGAGGACAAGGCUAAUAUUGGUCGCUCAGGGGAUUGUUUCAUUUUCCUGUGGCAAUUAUUCAUCACAAUUUCAAGAAUAUCGAUGUUGAGCGCAAUGCUCUAUCUGUCAUGGUACACAUUGGUUGCAAUGGCCAUUCACAUUUUAAUCAUGACAGUUUCAAUGUUACGAACAGAGAAUCAUAUGUUCUGCAACAGUGAUAAAUCCUUUGAUUUAGGAACAGCCAGUUUCCUAGAAAAACUAGGCAAUAAUCUGUUCACAACAAUUUUUGCAGUUGUGUCCAUUUUUACUUACAUCCCUCUUAAUGAUGAACGUGGCACACGUAUGCGAUAUACCUGCUACUACACUCUUUGCUUUCUUGAAAACUUACUCGGUGCUGGCAUUUGGGUCUGGAUUGAGGGCACAUAUUGGUUAUUAAUGGUAGUCUUGUGUCUUGUACCAUUUUCUUUUGGUAUUUGUUUUAUGGUUGUAUAUUAUCAUGGGUAUCAUCCAAUGGGCCACAGUAUUCGUAACAGUAAUGAUCUCUUUGAAAAUGUGCAAGAGGAGAAUGGAAUUGGCGAUGGUGUUGGUCGCGGCCGGGAGAAUGGAAUGAGAGGGAUUGAGAUGCAGGAAGUUUCAACUUAGUGGAAAGAAGUGAUGCUCAUCCAGCCACUCAAAAUUGUCGCGGAUGCAGAAAGGGGGCGGGGGGCUGUCCUCCGCUCCGCCAUGGCACCUAGAUAGCCUAGAUAGCAGCGUGAAGGGUAGGCAAAAAGCUAUACUUUGCCCCUGCAACUUUGCUCCGCCCUCCCCGGCCGCCACUGCAAGACACGGACUCAAAAGUGAAUUUGUUUACCACAUAUACUUUAAAAUUUAUGUGAUGUCUUGUAAUAAUGUAUUGUGUGUUUACUUUUAGUUUCAAUUCUUUUAUUAGAAGAGUGUGUGAAUGUAUAUGUGUAUAUGCAUUUAUCUUAGGAUUAGCAAUGCUGUAGCAAUUUUUAUUAUUCACCACUGACUUUAUCAAAUAUUGUGUAGUUAUGGUCUCUGUUCAUUAAUAGGAGGUCAGCUACAAGCUCUUUUUGCUACAUCUUUUGUACAGAGCUGUAUUGUAUUUGUGUAUGUUGUGUGUUUUUUUAAAACAAUUUCUUUUUUUGUUAAAAAUGUUAAAUUUUGCGUACAAAUUUGGAAAGCUUUGCCUUGAUUGCUCUCAGUAAUACUCAUCUUCUUAAGACUUCAUGUAUACCGUAUACUACCUGUAUUUUGUAGAAUUUAGUCAUAACUAGAAAUUAUUUUGGACUGAAUCUGUACUCUCUGGGCCAAGUACAAAAAAGUACACAUCUGCUCAAAAUGUUAAGACUGAGCCAAGGUCUUCUUAGUACAUUUUUUCCUUUGUACUUACAGCAUUAACAAUGAUCUUUGUAAUCAAUGUUACCAUUUUUUUUGUAACAUUUUGUCAAUUUUAUUAAUUUAUUUUUUUGUGGAAAAUGUAUUGUGGGCUAGCUCCUAAUCAUGCUCGAUGAGACGAAUGCUCACGUCGAGGAGGUAGCCGUAGCCGACUAAUAUUUUUACUAUGCCGGAUGUGGGAGUUGGGUGGGGUAGGCUAUUGCAGUGUAGCGUUUUCCAUCAUAAAAUAAAUGAUUUUUGAAAAUACCGCUUUUA